UUUUUUUUUUAAAUCAGAGUAACACCAACGAGGAGGGGAACACCCACUGACACCAAAUGGCUCUAGACACCUCCCCACCGGGAAAAGCAGAAGGAGACACACGCUCUCCGCCAGCGUCCGCUAGCCACGUGCGGGAGGAGGGGCCGCCUUCUGGUUGGCGCCCCGGGGGGCUCUGUCCCUCCAAUCGGCAUAGGCCCCGCGGUGGGGGCGCGGGGCACGCUCCGGGAGGGGGGCGGGGCCGUCGACCUGUCCAUCACCGAGUCCGCGGGUGGCAGCACCUACUACCCCGCCGUACCUUGUCCAGGCGGGGCCCGGGCGGGCAGGCCGCGGCCGGGGGAGGCGGGGCCAGGUCCGCGGGAGCCAAUCCGCCGGGCGGCGCGAGGGGGCGGGGGCGGGGUCGCCGCGCGCGACCCAAACACACGGGCCCAGGCGCACCCUGGAGCCGCGCUGCUCCUCGGCCUUCCGGUGCUGGGGCCCGGGAAUCUCCUCCCCUGUCAGACACCCCCCUCCUCCGUAGCCCAGCUCCCCCUGCCCCUCCCUCACGGGGACAGCGAGGCGACGGUUGCCGGGAAGCGUGCGCCGCCCCUCCCUCCCCUUCCCAGUCCUCCCCUCACGCGCCACCCGUUUUUCCUCUUUCUCCGUUAAUAACAGCUGGGUGGCUGGGGGCGGGGGGAAGGUGGCACCGGCGGAGUCUGGGCGGGCGCCUCCCACUCACCCGCGAGCCGCCGUGGGAGCUAGAGGAUGGCGGCGGUAGCGGCGGCCACCCGGGAGGAGGCGGUGCCGAGGCCCCGGGCGCAGAGCGCGGCGGCAGAGAGCGGCAGCGGCCCGUCGUCGGGCACCAGAACCGAAACCAGCGGCAGCCGCACAGCCACCUGAGCCACCCCUUCCCGCCGGAGCCAGCGAGCCGCGCCCGCAGUUGGGCCCUCUUUCCUCUCCGCCUCUCCUCGUCUCUCGCGCCCCCGUCAGGCCGCCGGCCUUUCCCGCCGCCCCCGAGAAGAAGAGCUCGCCGGGCGCCGACCGCCCCUCGGGGCGCCUGGCGGCGGCCCUGGACGUGCGGGGGCCUUUCUGGGCCGGCCGCGGCGCCUCGGCCCUGCCCUUUCGCUCCUGCGCUCGCUCCCGCCCUCCCCGCGCUCGGAGCGCUGCGCGCGGGCCCGGCCCGGGGCAGGGCGGACAUGGGCGCCAAGCAGAGCGGCCCGGCCGCUGCUAACGGCCGCACCCGCGCGUACUCGGGCUCGGAUCUACCUUCCAGCAGCAGCGGAGGGGCCAACGGGACCGCAGGCGGCGGCGGCGGGGCUCGGGCCGCGGCCGCUGGGAGGUUUCCGGCUCAGGUGCCCGGCGCGCAGCAGCCCAGCGCCUCAGGCGGCGCCGCGGCGGCCUCGGCAGCCCCGGCGGCCCCGCGCAGCCGCUCCCUCGGCGGGGCCGUGGGGAGUGUGGCGUCGGGUGCCCGCGCCGCGCAGUCCUCCUUCAACAUCCCCAACAGCAGCAGCGGCCCGUACGGCUCGCAGGACUCGGUGCACAGCAGCCCCGAGGACGGCGGCGGCAGCAGGGACCGGCCGGCGGGCGGGGGCCCCGGCGGGCCGCGCCUGGUGAUCGGCUCCUUACCAGCUCACCUCUCGCCGCACAUGUUUGGAGGAUUUAAGUGCCCUGUAUGCUCAAAAUUUGUACCCUCAGAUGAAAUGGAUUUGCAUCUCGUGAUGUGUUUAACAAAGCCAAGAAUAACCUAUAAUGAGGAUGUACUGAGUAAAGAUGCUGGGGAAUGUGCAAUAUGCCUUGAAGAAUUGCAACAGGGAGAUACCAUAGCACGACUGCCUUGUCUAUGCAUAUAUCAUAAAGGCUGCAUAGAUGAAUGGUUUGAAGUAAAUAGAUCCUGCCCUGAGCACCCUUCAGAUUAAGCAUCAGAUUCCUGUUUUAUAGGUUUUCUUGUCUUUUCAAGAUGCUUGAAAAACUGAGAGGAUAUGAAGACAUGUCUCUGGAGAAACAAAAACACAGGGAUACUCAGCCAGAAAUCUGAGUUUUGUGAGACUUGGUAAUACAGAGAUGGACAAUCAUACAGGAAGAAAGCCCUGCUGCAGAGAGGACAGUUAUCACAGAACUCAGUGUACCAAACAUGCAUAUCAAGGACACACAGGGAUUUUGAAAAUGCUGCACAUCCCUUAUUAGUCAUCUACAUAGGUAAUACUGAUAAAUGUUUUGUAUUCAGACGCCAAAGUUAACUGAUUUAAAAGUUGAUUUACUUUUUAUUAAGUUCUCUAGAGCUGUGCAACUAGUUCUGUUUUGAUUUGUUUUGCCUUUUAGUUUGGGGUCUCUUUAUUUUCCCCAACAUAAUGUUUCUGCAUUCAUCUAUUCUUAAAUUGAAAAACCACAUAAUUUACUUCUUAUAAACUAAAGUCUUAAAUGUGAAACCAAGAAAUGUAAUCAAGCAGUAAAAACAUUCUCUGAAUGUAGACCAUGAUCUGAAGUUCUUCCAUUUUUUCCCCCUAAGAGUGGAAAAUAGACUUCUACAUAGGAAAGCUAAAAUAUGCUAAUAUUUUUAAAUUAAAGGUUUAAUAUUAUCAGAAUGCAGUCCAAAGAAUAAAUCAAGUUACAUAAUUACAUUUUAAUUAAUUAAAUAUAGAAUUGUCUACUGAAUUGCAGUUUAUUAAAUAUAUUGUUUCCUCUUAAAUAAAACUGCUCAAUAUUUAAUCAGCAGUGCAUCAUCUUGGAGCUAUGCAACUUUUGAAAAAAUACAAAUUACCAAUUUUAAGUGUUGCCAGCUACAAUAACUUUGUUUUAACGGGUAUUUUUUGUUUGUUCUUUUCAUGUAAUUAUUUUCUUGUGCUUUGCAUCUCCAGGCAGUUUUCCCUCAUUCGGGUAGAAUGUUUAGCAAGUUGUAAACUUAAUAACUUUAGAAAAGGAUAAAAUAAAAAUUUUUGGAGUGGAACUUGGAAUAAUUUGAGGGAGAUUUUAUAUACUUUUAAAAAUCAGAAUUUAAUUGGGAUUCCAGAUUUAUAGCAAUUUGCAUCUUUAAUUUUCCAGAAAAUCUGGAGGUUAGCAUUUGAUAAAUGAUUUUUUUCAAAGCAAAUAUGAAGAUUUUGUUAAUUUAUAAUUUAUUAAUGUGUUAUUACUGUAAUUGAAAAUGUUAUAUAGAGAGUUUUAAAUUCAGUUUUGUGUAGAAAGAAAUGUAUUAAGUAAAAUUAUGUGAAUAAAUAUUCCCACAAAAUACAUCUGAAUGGUUAAAAAUACUGGAAGAGAGCUGUCAGGACUACAAUAGUGAAUGUCUUUUUUUUUUUUAAUAUGAAAAAAUACUGAUAAGUAGAUUUUGUCUUUUCAACAUAGGGAAAAUGUUAUCAGUGAAUAUUUAGGUAGUGCACUUUACUUGGUAUAAUUGAAAGUUGCACAAAACUGUUUCCUUUUUUGAAGCUUUCUUUAAUGUAUUUAAAAUUUUGCUUUUUUAUUUAAUGCUGCUACUGUUAGUCUUCUCUAAUUUUUUUUCCCUAUUCUAUUGCUUCUGUUUCAUAUUUUUUUAAAAGGGCAAGUACAGGAGCAACUGCUGCUACCCAGAAAAAUUUGUGUAUUAUAAAUAAUUAAAAGAGUUUUUAAUUGCUUUCUGUGUGAUUCUAGAUCAGAUAACAUUUUCUCUAAAGUUACGCUGUGAAAUGCCUUUUGUUAUGCUGCAAUUGCUAAAAGAAUCCAAAACCUCCAUUGUGACAGCUGACAGCACAGUUUCAUAGGUGCUUUUUAACCAGUUAUGGAAAAUAUUCUUCCCUCAAGGGAAAUAUUGGAAAAAAUUUUUCUAUUAAUAUGAAAUCUUAAUUUGAAUUUAUUUUAUUUCAUAUUUUCAAUUUUGUAAGCUUUCAUUCCCUCCUGCACAAUCCCCUCAAGUAAAACCUCUUAGAAUGUGAAUAAUUGAUUUGUUUUCUAUUACUGGUAUAUUGUGAUAAGAAUUAUUUUGUCUUCCAUUCUUAAAGGAAGAGAUUCAAUACAGCUGUGGUAAUUAACUGUAUUCCUCUGAAAGUUGAUUUUCAAUAUAGUUUACUUGUUAACUUUACUUUUUAAACUAUAUUGGCUUAUGGUCACGUUUUCUUCUUUACCCUGUACCAUGCUCUCACAGUCCUGCUAAUUUAGCUUCUGUUUGUGUUAGGGUCUGUGCUGCAGCUGCUACAAUAGAUACUCCCGUGAUUUUAAAGAAAGUUCAGUGUUUGCCAUUGUCAAGUGCUACUUGAUUAUUGUAUUUGUCUAGAACAGUAUUUACUUAAAUCCAUUUAUAGAAAUGCCUUUUUUGUUAAAAUUUACAAAAGUUGGCAUUUUUACUUUAAAUUUUGUCUCCAUCAGUGACUUCCUGAAAAGAACAAUUUAGAAAUUGAAAAAAAGAAAGUGUUUUUAAAGCCCAAAUGCUCCAGUUUCUAUUCAAAGUCAAGGUCAUUAUUCUGGAAAAUAUUAUAAGUGAUAUUUUAUAUAAUAUCACUUAUAGUAUUUGUGAAUCUAUAUGCAAACACUGAAUAGUGUAAGUAGGACAUAAAAUCACAUUAGAUGCUUAAACAUUGAGCUGAAGCUACUGAUAAUGAAAUAUUAUGAGGACAUGAUGAAGAUCAAAAGCCUAGGCUAUCAAGUUGGUGGUUAUAGCUUUCUAGAAUCUUUGUAAAUACUCAUCUUCAAAUAAGAUCACAGUGCGUAUAUAGAGAGCAAUAUGUUCUGAAAUUUCACUUUAGUGCCAGUCUUUGUCCAUGAUGAAUUUAUUGCCAAUUUUGAUUCCUCAUCUUACUUUGAUCUGGCUUUUUUUUUCUUGCCAGAAUGUUUAACAGAAAGUAAAAUUAUUCUGUUUUACUUUCUGCCAGAGAAAUAGACUAAGCAUAGUCUUAAUAUAUGUUUUUCAGAUCUGAUUACAAAUCAGAUUAUAGGUUGUAUUUUAAGAGCGAUGUUGUGAUUGAAAUAUAAAUAAUGGCUUCUAUAACUGAUUUUUUGUGAUAGCAAAACAAUAUUAAAAAGGUCAUAUUAUAUAAUAUAUAGGUUUUGGUUUCAUAGUGCGAGUCUUAUAUUUCUUUUAUUAAAUAAAUGUUAUACAAUUACUUCAAUUUUCACCCACAAGACACUUUACUAUUACAGAACGUAGCCCCAAAAUGAAUGAGGAGAGAUACCCUCAGUAUGUCUGCAGUAUGUAUUUCAAAGAUUUUAGUUUGAAUGAGUUAAUAAAAAAAAAAGGCAGAUUCCUUUUCAAAACUUGUUUGACUCAGCUGUAUUUUUAAAUUUGGCUAUAGGGAAGUUUAAGAGCAAUCAUUUAAAUUAAUUUCUUAUAGCAAGGUAUAGGGGUAUUCUUUUAAAUGAAAAAGACUGUAAAUUCAAUGUAAAUAUUACCUUACUUUAUGUACUAACUUGGAGAGUAGAAGAGGGAAUUUUCCCAAUAAGAAGCUACAUUUGAAAACAGCAUGACACUUGGGUUUUUUUUUAAUUCAAGAAUAAUCAAAUUUAUCAUCUAGUUGACCUCUGCAACUAUGCAUUGAUAACAAUAUCUAAAUCAUCUUAUUCUUUCACAGAUAAAGUUUCCAUAUAAAUCAGAUUGUUGGGAACUAUGUAAAACUAUAUAGAAGUAAAUGAUGCUUAUUAAAUAUGAGUAAGUUUGUUACAUGCUAGAAGUCUUCUAGUUCAUCUGGGCCAUUUUCUUGCAAUUUUGAUUUAUCCUAAGGUGAAUUCAGUAUAUAUUGCCAAUGAGUGGUUAAAUGUGAGGUACCCUUAUUCAGUGUCUCUUGUUCUUGUACAGAUAUUUUCUUAGUUUAAAAAAAAAUUCUAGCAUGGCAAUAUUUUGUCUUCGGCCCAUCCCUUUUUAUCCUGAAGUAUAUAACUUCUGAUUUUUUUCUUGGCUGUGUUGUGAAUAACAGUACUUAAAUUAUCUGUUUUACUGUCUAAUUGUUUUUCUACCUAGAUCUUUUCAUUCUCUAACUAAAUUGCUGCUUGGUUUUCUUUAGAGGAAAUUGCUACUUGGUAUACCCCUAGUAGUAACUCAUAUUCAAGAACAGCUGGUAAAACUUUUUUGGUAGUAAUUUAUCCAAACAAUACUUUGAAUACCAUAUUCUGUGAAUGCUACACUUAGCUAAGAAACUGAAAAGUCUUUUUCAAUCACAGAAUUACUGUAUUAAAUGGGAAAUAUAUGGUCUCCUAAGUCAGCUGAUUCUCUGUGGAAAGUGAAAGACGUUGAAGAAAGCCAGAUAUGUUAUAAUAAUAUUUAGUUUUAGUUGAAAAUGCAACAUUACUGUAUUUAGGAGAGUUGGUUUAUUUUGAGAUAUUUAAUCUAUCAUUAAUUUUAGAUAAAUAAGAUAGAUUUUUGGUUGCUUGUUUAUAGAGAGGCAAAGAAAAGUAUGCUAUAAACUAAAGAAUAGUAUGGUAUAAACUGACAUCCCAGAAAUAAAUGAAAAAAUUUUAAAUGAAACUGCAGUAUCUGUUAACCAAUAUUGUGUUUCUUAGUUCUGCCCUGGACCGCGAGGCACCUGUCAAGACCCCUAGUCUUGGCACCAGAAACGACUGUUUUCCUAUUACUAAAUUCUUAUGCCUUUUUGCUGAUUUGAUAGGUUGAAAUUGAUAGGUACUUAUGAUUUAUGUUUGGUAAACUUAACACUUCUGCCUGUAUCCUCUUUUCAGUAAACCUGGUACCAGAAUCUCAAAAAAGUUUCAUUAUUAGUCAACAUCAUUUUGAGUACCUGUUAGCAGACCCUAUAAGGAGAUAAAAAGAGAUUUCGGAAUUUGAUGAUGAUCUUGAUCUUUAUUACCCCAGUUCAUUACAUUUUAUUUCUUUGUGAUAACAUUUAUGUGGGUUUCAUUGAAAAUCACGGUAACAAUAGAUAUUUACCUCUGUUGCUUUAUUCAUGGUCUCUACAACUUUCUGUAACACCUCUUAAUUUCUUCUAUUAGAAAGUGUUUUCCUGUUAAAUAAGGUAUCAAAAGCAUCAAUCACAAGAAAUAGAGAAAACCUUGUAGGAGUAACUUGUAUUAGUAUAUUCUAAGCUAAAAUGGAACAAUUCGUUAUUGAUAUUUUAAUAAAUAAAUCUUCCAAAUGAUAUUGCUAUAUUAUCCCGUUAUUUAGAAAUGGGAAAAAAAAAGUAGAAUGCUUUCAGGGAAAUUUGUCAUAUCCUCCUUUAUGUCUAGAAAUUGACAAUAUAUUACAAUAAAACUGAGAAAUAUC